UAGGGGAGUAAUACAGCAGCAGCAGCAGUAGAACAGUGUGGCGUGUUCGGUGUCUGGAUGUUAGCGCUGCCUCUCUCAGCUUUGGGACGAAGCCUUACUAGCAUCAACAUAGUGGGGCCCAGUAAUGCAGAGCCCCCACCUCAACCUCCCAGUCCAGCCAUGUACCAGCUGGAUAUCGUUCUAAAGAAAGGGAACAGCCUGGCGAUCCGAGAUCGGACAGGGACCAGUGACCCAUAUGUGAAGUUUAAGGUUGCGGGAAAGGAGGUGUUCAGGAGUAAGACCAUCCAUAAGAACCUCAACCCAGUGUGGGACGAGAGAGUAAGUCUUCUGGUGGAAACCCUGAAGGACCCGCUAUACGUCAAGGUUUUUGACUAUGACUUUGGACUUCAGGAUGAUUUCAUGGGCUCAGCAUACCUCCACCUGGAGUCACUGGAACAUCAGAGGACACUGGAUGUGACGCUGGACCUGAAGGACCCACAGUACCCUGAAAAUAACCUGGGCAGCCUGGAACUAGCUGUCACUCUGUCACCGAAGGAGGGAGACGUGAGGGAUGCUACCAUGCUUUUGAGAAGGAACUGGAAACGAUCUAGUAAGUACCAGAGUAUGCGUCUGUCAGAUGUGCACAGAAAAGCCCAGCUGUGGCGGGGUAUAGUCAGCAUCAGUCUGAUAGAAGGACGCAGCCUCCAGCCCAUGGAUGCCAACGGCCUCAGCGACCCUUACGUCAAAUUCAGGAUGGGGCACCAGAAGUACAAGAGCAAGACGAUUUCCAAAACGCUGAACCCCCAGUGGAGAGAGCAGUUUGACUUCCACAUGUAUGAUGAACAGGGAGGCUACGUGGACAUUACGGUCUGGGACAAAGACGCUGGCAAGAAGGACGACUUCAUGGGCAGGUGUACCAUCAACCUGUCGCAUCUCAGUAAAGAACACACACACAAGCUGGACCUGCCCCUGGAGGAAGGUGAAGGUGUGCUGGUGCUGCUGGUUACACUCACUGCUUCUGCCGCAGUUUCCAUCUCAGACCUGUCAGUCAACAUGCUGGAUGACCCGCAAGAGAGACACCAGAUCAUGCAGAGAUAUAGCCUGUGGAGGUCGUUCAACAACCUGAAGGAUGUCGGUGUGGUGCAGGUAAAGGUCAUCAGGGCUGAGGGACUGAUGGCAGCAGAUGUCACAGGUAAGAGCGACCCAUUCUGCGUGGUGGAGCUGAGUAACGAUCGGCUGCAGACGCACACAGUCUACAAAAACCUCAACCCUGAGUGGAACAAGGUCUUCACUUUUAAUGUGAAGGACAUCCAUUCGGUACUUGAGGUCACUGUUUACGACGAGGACCGAGACAGAAGUGCAGACUUCCUGGGGAAAGUGGCUAUUCCUCUGCUAAAUAUCCAAAAUGGAGAACGCAAAGCCUACGCCUUGAAAAGCAAGGAGCUGACAGGGCCAACAAAAGGGGUCAUCUUUCUCGAAAUAGACGUGAUUUUUAAUGCUGUGAAGGCUGGUCUCGGGACGUUGAUUCCCAUUGAGCAGAAGUACAUCGAGGAAGAGCCCAGAGUGUCCAAACAGAUGCUGUUGCAAAACUUCAACAGAGUUAGACGCUGCAUCAUGUUCCUGAUCAACACAGGCUGCUACAUCAACAGCUGCUUUGAAUGGGACUCUCCACAGAGGAGCAUCUGUGCUUUUGUACUUUUUGUCAUCGUUGUUUGGAACUUUGAACUCUAUAUGAUUCCUCUGGCUUUGUUACUGCCUUUGGCCUGGAACUACAUCCUAAUCGCAUCGGGGAAGGAUACCAGGCAAGACGUGCAAGCAGUGGAGGACCUGCUGGAGGAUGAGGAUGAGGAUUUUGACAAAGAUGACAAGGACCCUAAACCAGGCCCCUGGGAGGACAGCCGUGAUAAAAACCAUAUCCUCGAGGAUAUGUUGGCUUCCUGGCACUUUGAGUGGAUACGAGCAAUGGUGGACUCGGAGAGAAAGGGCUUCAUGAACAAGCUUUAUGCCAUUCAGGACGUGUGCAUCAGUGUGCAGAAUGCACUGGAUGAAGUGGCCUCCUACGGCGAGAGGAUAAAGAACACAUUUAACUGGACUGUGCCUUUCUUAAGCUGGCUGGCCAUCGUGGCUUUCGGCGGGGCCACCAUCAUCAUCUACUUCAUCCCUCUACGAUACAUUGUGCUAGCCUGGGGGGUGAAUAAAUUCACCAAGAAGCUGCGAGACCCUUACAUCAUUGAUAACAACGAGCUGUUAGACUUUCUAUCCAGAGUGCCCUCAGAUGUACAAGUGGUGCAGUACCGAGAGCUGAAACUGGAUCCCAAUCCCAGUCCAAAUAAAAAGAAGAAAAACAACCCCGGGUAGAUGACUGUGUCCGCCCACCAACUCUUCUCUUCUCCACUUUUCUUCUCGUGGUCUUAUUACUGGACGCUAAGGAGCAGAGGAAGACAGCUCCGUAUCAGCUCAACUCAGCUAUAUUUCCUUUUUUUCUUUCCUAUUUUCUUCUCUAAAACCUAAUUUUUUCGGUCUUUAAUUACUCAUGACGUACAGUACAGUUUCCUGAAGUGUAAUUUUUGUAUAAAAAAGACAAGUACAAGAAAUAUUCACCAUUAUGUUUUUGAUUAAGUUUAAAAGGCGAUGAAAGGAUGGUUAGAGUGACCUUUUUCUCAGCCGUGUGAGCCACUUCUCAUUUCUUCUCUCCAUCACUCUGACAGCUCCGAGGACUCUUUCCGUCUACUUGCCACGAGUGACAAGUGUCACCCAAUGAGUAAAACGAGUUUUAACAUUUAAACUCACCGUCCCCAAAAUACAUUUUUAGCGUAUCCAUGUUUAUCAAAAUACAAGCCUGCAUUAUAACUCUGCAAUAUCUGCAAUUUAAGUUUUUUAGCUCAUAUUGUCCUUAUUAUUAAAUGUUUUUGGUAAUAUGUUCAUAUUUUCUAAUUGUUUUUGUACUGAAGAACCUUUUGUUUACUUCCUCUCUUGGAUCGUAAUGAUGUUAUGUUCACUGGCAGUAAUUUGGAUUGUUUCCACUUAACUCAGCCAGCCAAGUUGAUUAGCAAUUAUGGUCGUAGCCUCCAGAUAUGUCCUUCUACACAAACACAAAGCUGGACCAACAGGCUGAAAGCUUGUGCUGGUAUCUGUCUGUGCUUUUAAUACAAGGGCCAAAUUUGCCUUUUUUUUUUUUUUUUUUAAAGAUAUUAAUCCAAAAAGAAAAAUCAAACCACAGUGGACAGUGGUAUUAGUUUAAAGUACAGUGAGUCUGUUCUUCUUAAAAUAGAUUGUGAUUACAUAAUCAUAAUUAAAUAAUACCCAGACGAUAAAGGAACAUCACUGUAGAGGAUUAGACAGUUUGUAUUUCGCCCCAAACCUUUAUCACUACUAAAUAUCCAGAUCAUUUAGCUGUAGCCUCGUUUAACCCCUUAAAAACAUGUCAAAGUCCCCUGUCAGCCAAUCAUCGAGACACCUUCUCUGUCUGUCAGGAGGCGCAGCAGACUGGGCCUUCUGCUGUCAUUAAUAUAGAUGUCACCCAGUCUAUGCAGAGUGUCGCCAGGCAGGCAGGCCUUUAGGCAGCCACAGCCCUAAUCUUGUUUGAAAGGCUGGUCUCCUUUCCUCUCAUCUCCCCGUUUGCCUUGGCGGCCACACAAGACAGCAUUCACACACGCACGCACACACAAGCAUGCAUGGAGACACAAAAGAAAAAGAAAAAAAAACACAUCCUCUAACGUGAAUACACUGCUUCUUUAAGAGAUCUCGCGUACACAUACUGCACCUACUAGCUCACAGAUGAAAGCAUAACAUCCCAUUUGAGCAGGCACAUUCUACUCCCUCUCAGGCAGGCACACACACUCACACAAACAUGCUCUCUGUGAUGCUGUGCCCCAGGCUGGCCACCCUCUCCAUCUGCCCCACCUCCUGUGCCCACAGCUCAACUUUGAUCUGUCUUUCCAGAGACAGAGGCUUGUGUAUGUGAACUGUGUAUGAGAGUGUUUGCGUACACAUGUUUAUGCAAUCAAAGACACGUUGCUUUUCUCAGCAUCGAUGUGUGUACAUACAAUUGUAUCACCCCUCCAGCUGUACACUGAUGCGUAGAUUCAGUCAAUGUGUGUGUCAGCAUGUUGAAGUGUGUGUGUGUGGUGUGGUGCAGCAGAAGUGCCAGCUGUUAUUUGGUGUGGAGUUUACUGGUGUAGAAGGCCGUCAGCUAGAUGAGCAGCAAGUCGCUGUGUGACAAGGCAAGGCUCUGAGGGGACUUAGGCCUCAGAUGUCAGGGAUGGAGGAAUGUGUGCGUAUGUGUGUGGGUUUUAUGCUAUUUCAGAUCUCUUUUCCCAUCAUGCUUCUCUCCGUUUGCUCUCUCUGCGGUUCCCUCAUUCGUCAGUGAACGGGGUUGCGACCCUGUCUGAAGGGACGGCCUCCUGGGCUUCUUGCUGAGCAUCUGUUGAAAGAUCACAGCUCAGGCUACAUUUGAGGUCUCCCCUCAUCCUACUGAUCCCUGCCUCCAUUUCCCUCACUUCUCCAUCUUUGUGUUCCAUCUCCCCCCAUUUGUCUGUCUCUCUGUCUUUAUCACUCUACACCCCCUCUCUACCACAACUAAAGCGCUCUUCUGCCAUUGUGUCAUCUUCUAGCCGUGCCUGUCUGCUUGCCAUUGCCUGUACCCAUUUCCCUCCGUCUUUACCCAUCCAUAUCCAUGCUUAAAUAUCAACAGGCUUGGAUUUGUCACUCCAGAGUGCCAUUGAUUUUGUUUUGUUGUUUUGAGGAAUCCACUUGAAAGACAAUAACAGACUGUCCCCUAAGAGUAGCGUCGCAGACUGAUUAUAGCCUCCUCAACAAACACUCUGUGGCUCGUGAAGGAUGGCUUUUUAUAAUGCCUGAAGGGACUGUUUGAAUACCCGAUACGUAUGUGUCUACUACUGUAUGUAAGUUACUUUACAAAAAAUGUGGUGACUAUUGUGUGGUAUUGCAUCCAAAUACUGUUUCUUGUUCUGUCAUUUAUUAUUGGAUUUCAGCUGUUUGCAAGCAAAGUAUUUUUAUUUUGUAUUAUUUAGAGAAAAUAAAUGAUUUAAAGGAAUGUAUCAGACUGACAGAUAUAAAAG